CGCAGGCUGCCAGCAGCGGGGGGCCCAGGCUCCGCCCCCAGCGCCUGACGUCAGUGCCGACGUCGCUUCAAGCACCGCCCCCAGCGCGGGCCCAUGACGUCACUGGUGGUCGCCGCCCUUCCCGGGUGAUUGCCCUGCGCCGCCGCUGUGACGUCAUCGCCCCGCGCCCCGCACGUUGCCAUGGAGCCGCCGAGCGCCGAGGAGGAGGCCGAGGCCGAGUGGAUGCUGCGGGCCCUGCGCCGCUACGGUGAGCUCCACUGCUUCGAGCUGCAGGCUCCCACCCGAGUCCUCGAGUGGACCCCGGGCGGCCGGCUGUGUGUGGCAGGCUAUGGGCAGGGAGGUGCCAAUGAGAUCCUGCAGCUGGUGCCGCCUCAGACGCUGCAGCUGAGGGAGACCCAGCCUCCCCCCCAGAGCCUGCCCUGGGGCAGAGACUUUCAGCUGCUCUCUGGAGGCUUCUCCCCGCGCCCUGUGCACAGCCUCAAGGCCGUCCCUGGCACCAGCCUGCUGGUGACCAGCGGCCCCCCCGAUGCCACCCUGCAGCUCUGGCAGCUGGCACCACAGGGCUCUGACCUGAUCCAGGCCGUGGGCACCAUAGCUGCAGCAGAUGGCACCGGGCAGGCCGGGGCCAGGAUCUGCACCAGUGCCAGCAGAGGUGCCCAGGUGCUGCAUGGCACCAGGCUCAGCUGUGUGCAGCUCACCGAGGUGGAGAGCAGCAAAGUCCUCUACAGGGCAGGCUGUGCCAGCUGUGCCCUGCUCUCUGCCCUCACCUUCCUGGACCCCUGCAGCCUGCUGCUGUGUGGCACCGAGGGGCAGCUCUGCCUGGCAGACGUUCGCCAACCUCCCUGCCCGCUGCGGCCCCUGGCACUGCCCUGGCUGUGCCCAGGCCUCCAUUGGAGCCUGGGGGUGAGGGGCGAGGCCGUGGGCAGCAGCUGGCACUGCCAACCCCUGGCCCUGCUCUCCAGCAAAGGGCACCUGGCACUGGUAGACCUCAGGAAGACCUCCGAGCCCCUGGCAUCAGCCUGCUGCAAGGUGCCCGGUGCCAGCCCCGCCCCGGAGCUGCUCUGUGUCUCCUGGGCACCUGCCCUGCAGGGCUGCCUGGCACUCUCAGGUUUCGAUGGCACAGUCCACAUCUACAGCACCCAGGGCUGGCACAGCAGCCAGGGCUGGCACAGCUCUGCUGCCCAGGCUGAACCAAUCUUCAUCCACCAGGGGCACCAAUUCGGGGGUGCCCCUGGCACUGGAGCCCCUGCCCUGGUGACCACACACAGCUGGCACCCAGAGCAGCCCAGGACCCUGCUCUCAGCUGCCACCAGCGGUGCCCUCCAUGCCUGGCAGUGGCUGCAGCCUGAUGCCAGCUCUGUCUAGCUCCCGCUGGGGGCUUCAGUGCCAGCCCUGCUGGGGGUUCCCUGUGCCUGGUGCCAGCCCUGGGGGGUGGCAUCAGUUGGCACAGCCAAGAAUGAAGCCUUUUGGUGCUGUCCAUUUUUGGGUCCUUUUGCUGGUUCCUCUGCCCAUGCCACCCUCUGCCCAUGCCACCCUCUGCCCAUGCCACCCUCUGCCCAGCCCCCCCAGCGGGCAGACUGGCACAACCUUUCCCUGCCUUUGCUAGGUCUUACCCUGGCACCCCCAGGUGCCAGCCUGCAGCCGUUGCCUUGCCCCCCCCCCCAGAGCUCUCCCAAGCAGCUGUGCAGUGCCAGGCCCAGGCUGGCAUCCUCUGGGCCUUACCACCUUGCCCCCCCCGGCCUGAGGCAGCAGGGAGGUGCCAGGGGCUGGUGCCCUGGGGGUGCCAGUGCCCAGGUUGGCAUCUCCUGGGGGGCUGAGUCUAAUAAACUAAAUAAUUUAUUUGA